AGUCAAUAUAAAUAUGUAUGAGAACCACUGAUCUAUAUAUAGAUCAGUACAUAGAUCAGUGAUGAGAACACAUCGCAUUCACAGUUUGUAGCACUAUAUUCAAAGAACCAUUCAGAGCAUGUCUACACCAAAUUGUUCAGAGUUGGAUUUGGAGCUCGGAGACUUGCUGCAGGAAUUUAAUGAUGUAGUGAAGGAGUUGAGCACACCUCACACCUGUGAAAAUGUGCUGAGAGAUGUGAAGAGACGCACGGGACUGAGUGAUGGAGAAGAUUCAGAUUACUGCAGUGAGACAUCACUGGGAAACAGUUUGAAUGCCAGUGAAGAGGAGCUCAACUUCACAGGCAUGACCACCGCUUCUAAAGCCAGGCUUGGGGACACCAGUGACCUACAGAGCUUCAUUGAAAACCUGGAUAGGGAGCUUGCAGAGAUGUGACAUGACGUGAUCGGAGAGGAGAGAGCACGUGCAGCUGAACACCUGGAGAGAUGGCAUUUAACCAUUAUCUCGGUUUCCACUGACCAUCAAAAUGGAUGACACAAGGAAAUUAAGCUGUAGAAAAAAAUGUUGCAUUAUUUUUUCCCCACCUAAUGACAGGUCUUGAAAUAGGAUUUACAGUGUCUUUGUAAUUUUUUUGUGAUGGUCUGGAAGAAUUUUUUACUUCUCAGAGGAUGUUUUAUUUUAAUAAAUAUCCAUGAUUACUAAGUUAAUAUAAAUAGCACAUUGCAAGUUUAUUUUUAUUUAAUUUUUUUAUGAAGAAUUAUUGUAAAAAUGUCUAUUUUUCAGUUUUUUAUAAAGAAAUUGUAAAAUACAUCAAUAGUUUAAUGUCUAACAUAUUGUGUGAUAUUAAUUGUACCUUAUGAAGGACUUUUGUUGUUGCUUG